AUGUCAAGCGGUGAAUUGAUGACCACUGCUGUAGGGAGGUCUUCCGACGUCAACUUGGUCGAGACUACUGAGGAUUCGAAUGUGGCGCAGACAUCAGCAAGCACAACGGAAAGAAUAAAACAAGGCCUUUCCAGCAGGCUGAAGUUCGUUGGAAGAAAAUUCAAUACUCUGGAUCGCCUAUUCAGUAAGAACAAUAGGGCAGAAUCUUUACAAUACGGUGCCAACGCAGACGGUGUUUUCAGUAACCUGACGGCAAAACCGGAUAGAACCAACAGAGGAGAGCAGGGCGAAGCCGAUAAGCCCCCAAAUUAUGAUGAGGCUGCUUUAGACAUGGCACCAUCUUACUACGGGGUUGAUGACGAUAAUUUCGGCAUGUACAGUAACGAAAUAUGUUUUGAGGGCUUACCGGUGGGCAAUGCAGUAAACCUGCUGUGGAACAUCAUAGUCAGCGUCAGCUUUCAGUUUGUCGGCUUCCUGCUGACUUACAUCCUUCAUACGUCGCAUGCAGCGAAACAAGGCUCAAGAUUUGGGCUUGGCCUCACAUUCUUAGGUUAUGGUUACUCCAUGAUUCCUAAUGAUAUCACUGCCAAGGUGGGGAAAACUAAGAAUCUUGACAGAUUGAAGCCCUCAGAUCCCAAUGAAUAUGACGAUAUGCAUUUAUACACAAACAACGCGGCGAAAGAUGGGUUUCAGUCCAGUCUUAGCCAUGGAGGCGAGGAGGAGAAGAGGGGUGUUCCUUUUCUGGCAAUAGUGUUGUUUAUGAGCGGGGCCUUUAUAAUGACCAAGAGCAUCUACGACUACAUGAAGGUUAAAAGAAAAGAAAAGCAUUACCACACACAGGAACCUGUAUAA